AUGCAGUUCCCUUGUCCACCACAGAGUCAAGGGGACGGGAAAGACGUCAAAUCCCGCUUCUGGGCAACCUACACACGAGAAGCUACGGACUAUGACGAAGAGUUUCUUGAGAAGUACCAAUCUGACAUGGAUAUUGUUCUCAUAUUUGCUGGUCUGUUUUCGGCCGUCAAUACAUCGUUUAUUGUAAACAUGCAGUCAAAUCUCGUCCCUGAUCCAUUCCGCACCACAAAUGCAUUGCUCGGAAUGCUGCUUCAGACUGCCAACGCCUCCUUCGUCCCACAAUUUGAUCAACCCUACGCCCCGUGGCCGGGGCCUAGUUCCUCAGUAAUCUGGAUCCAGUCAUUGAUAUAUGCCAGUCUUUGCGCAAGCCUACUUGCCGCCCUUGGAGCAGUACUAGGAAAGCAAUGGCUGAGCAAUUUCAAACGCUUCGGCCGCGGUACCACCGAUGCCCGUGGCAGACAACGGCAGAUGAAACUCGAUGGUCUCCGAACUUGGCAUUUCGAUUCUGUGUUGGAGUUCUUACCCGUACUGUUACAGAUCUCUCUCCUCCUGUUUGGGAUCGCAUUAUCCGCUAACAUGUGGAUGAUGUCACCCACAGUUUCUAUCAUUAUCAUCACAUCCACGACGCUUGGCUUCACGUUCUAUCUAACGAUCAUCCUGGCAUCGCUAAUGGCCGCGGAUUGCCCUUUCCAGACACCA